AUGGCCUCCCAGCGAGUAUUCCCACUUUCCUGUGUGGUGCAGCAGUAUGCCUGGGGGAAGAUGGGGUCAAACAGUGAAGUGGCUCGGCUACUGGCCAGCAGUGAUCCACAGGCCCGGAUUUCAGAGGACAAGCCAUAUGCAGAGCUGUGGAUGGGGACCCACCCCCGGGGAGAUGCCAAGAUUCUUGACAGUCGCAUCUCUCAGAGGACCUUAGGUCAGUGGAUCGCUGAGAACCAGGACAGCUUGGGCUCAAAGGUCAAGGACACCUUUAAUGGCAAGCUGCCCUUCCUCUUCAAAGUGCUCUCGGUUGACACAGCCCUCUCCAUCCAGGCACAUCCUAACAAGGAAUUGGCAGAGAAGCUGCACCUCCAGGCUCCACAGCACUACCCUGAUGCCAACCAUAAGCCAGAAAUGGCCAUUGCCCUCACCUCCUUUCAGGGCUUAUGUGGCUUCCGGCCAGUUGAGGAAAUUGUUACCUUUCUGACAAAAGUGCCCGAGUUCCAGUUCCUAGUUGGAGAUAAUGCAACAACCCAGCUAAAGCAGAGUCUAAGCCACGACUCCCAGGCCAUGGCCUCUGCUCUGAAGAGCGGUUUCUCCCACCUGAUGGAAAGCAAGAAGCAGCUGGUGGUGGAGCAGCUCAACCUGCUGGUGAAGCGGAUCUCCCAGCAAGUGGCUGCCGGAAACAAUGUGGAGGACAUCUGUGGGGAGCUCUUACUGCAGCUGCACCAGCAGUAUCCAGGUGAUAUCGGAUGCUUUGCCAUCUACUUCCUGAACCUGCUUACCCUGAAGCCAGGGGAAGCCAUGUUUCUUGAGGCCAAUGUGCCCCAUGCCUACCUGAAAGGAGACUGUGUGGAGUGCAUGGCGUGUUCAGAUAACACAGUACGUGCUGGCCUGACAUCAAAGUUCAUCGAUGUGCCAACUCUGUGUGAAAUGCUCAGCUAUACUCCCAGCCCCAGCAAGGACAGGCUCUUUCCUCCAAAAUGGAGCCAGGAAGACCCCUACCUUUCUCUCUACGCACCCCCUGUACCAGACUUUGCUGUUAUGAAGAUGGAGGUCCCUGGUUCAGUCACUGAGUAUAAAGUCUCAGCAUUGGACUCCGCCAGCAUCCUUUUAAUGGUGCAGGGUACAGUGACAGCCAGCACUCCCACAGUCCAGGCAGUAAUCCCCCUGCAGCGUGGUGGGGUACUCUUCAUUGGGGCCAAUGAGAGUGUCUCACUGAAGCUCACUGUGCCAGAGGACCUGCUGAUAUUUCGUGCUUGCUGUCUGUUGUAG